UUCAGUGGAGACGUCGUUCCAAAGAGGAAGUACGUACCGCGCAUGCGCGAUACACCAGCUUCUGAACGCCGCAGUGUGGGAAUGGUUGUGUUUUUAAACACCAACACAGCGCAGGUUUCAAGAAAUACAAUUGAUGACGCUUUUACAUAUUUGCAUUCAAUUUGAAAUGCCAUAUACAAUAUUAUAUAUAUAUAUAUUUAAAUAUUUUUUCAUUCCGUAACGAAGGACGCUGAAGUCGACGUGCGCGUGCGCAUUCGUGCGUAAAGGACGUUAGCGUCCAUUGCGCUGCCUUGAAAUGUUUGUCCGUUUCUUGUUAACAAACUAUUCGCGUUAAUGGGACGCGUUGUUCAACUACAUACGCGGGUGAGUCUGUCUGCGAUGAGGCUAACACGUAAACGGGUUCUUACCGAGGCCAAGGCCUCCCACUUGGAAAACGUAAGGAAACUGAACUGCUGGGGGUGUCAACUCACUGAUGUUUCCAUUUUAUCCCAGAUGCCAAACAUCGAAGUGCUGACACUAAGUGUCAACAGCAUCUCAUCUCUCUCUCCUCUGGCUGGAUGCUUGUCUCUGUGUGAGCUCUACUUGAGAAGGAACAUGAUCGCCUCACUCUCAGAACUCUGUUAUUUGCGUCCGAUGGCACGUCUCCGAAUAUUGUGGUUGGCUGACAACCCUUGUUGUGGAGAUGACUGCGGUCGGUAUCGCCUGACAGUCCUGCGUUGCCUACCGCGGCUGCAGAAGCUGGACAACCGAGUGACCGAGGACGAGAUCACGUUAGCCCACUUGGAGGGCGAGGAGAUGGGCACACCACCAAACGCAGGCCGUCACCAGCUUUCCACCAAUGGACUUACCGAUGCAGAGAAAGAGAAUAACUCUCUCGGCCACAAGACGGAGGACACCAAUAAUAUCAGUGAGGAGUUGCGGAGCAAGCCCAUGUCAAGAGACAAGUUCCCAUCUCUUCAUUCUCAGUCAACCGGAUCAUCUAUGAAAAAGACCCACACUCUUGAUGCAGUGCUGCUGCUUCUGAGGGACUUGGAUCACGAGGAGCUCCGCGUUGUGCACACGGAGACGCAGAACCGACUCAGGACUUGCACAGCGGACUCAUUAGAAAUGCUGCGAGAGUCACAACCGUCGAAAUCUGCUGACAUCCAACACUGAAAUAAUUCGAGCACGUAUUGACUAUAUAUUGACUACUUGCAAUUAACUGUUUUCUGACUCGAUGGUCAUUAAUACGCAAACCCUUUCUCCGUUUUGCACUAUUGCACGCGUUUACACAUUUCAAAUAUCCUCACUCAGCGGUCUACUAACCAAAUGAUGGCUUUCGUUUGUCAUAUCACGAAUGCUUGCCUUACAAGAACAACAUGUAUAACAUUAAAGGUCAAUCUAUUUCUGGAAUUAAAGUCAUUAAUUGCAAUGCAUUCACAUUGUUGAUUUUAUUAAUGCUGCUCUUAGCACACCAUGCAUACUUUCUGUGAAUAACAAGGGAAGAAUGGGGCAAACAGUCAAUCAUUUUGACCAGCAAUAAGUCAUUUGACUGUAUUAAAUUGCUAUGGACUGAGGGGUAUGUAACUGAUAUUUGACACGCCGUUUUUUUUUGUGAGCUGAAAGAAUUCAAUUUAGUGAUCUUUUCAGUCACCCUCCUCAUUCUCCAAGUAGUCCAAUAGUGUGUUUGCAUUCACGGCGACCGUCAGGUACUCCACGCCAUCUGCACCCUGGACAAUCAAAUAAAUAGCUGUUAACAUGACUUGCUUGCCUCUUCAAUGAAAAUAGAAAAAUAGUGGGCAAAUACAGUGGAAGCUCUAAAUUUGAAUACUAAAAUUAUUUUUUUUAAGAAUCAUCAUUUGGAAUUUGAUCCCAAUUUUCUUUGAAAGUACAAGGGGAAAAAAAUACUAAAGUCACAAAACGGAAUUCAAACUGACACCACAAUGCGCAAUUUUCGCUCAGUGAGCAUCUAAAGGAGUAAGUGCACAACUUAUUGGCCUUUUUGUGUUGCGAUACCUUGUAUUGAUGCCAUCACAGAAUGAUACCAGUGACGGCAAAGAGGAAAAGUGUGAUGACAAACAACUAGAAAUGGAACUUAAUUACAGAAUAGUAGCGUAGCAACGACAGUGUGACUAUUACCUGGCUGCUCAGUCCAACAUGGCAAAAGCGACUAAGUUGUCAUUAAUGAAAGAAGCGUACGAGGCGGCUUUAUUUCUGUAGAUGGCGCAAAAACUGCUGUCUCUUGAUACACUU